AGCACCAAAAGCAAAAAUUUUAAUCCAACAUGGCUGAUGGAAUGGCGUCAUAAAUACUCUCUGACGUUGUUUAUAUUGUGUUAAAAAAUAAUUUAACAGUGUCGUAGAAUAUAUACAAUUCUAAUUAGCAGUGAGUUUUAAAUACGAUGUAAUAAUUGAUUAGUGUGUAAAUGGACUACUCAGGAUAAUGUUUUAGGAUCUUCGUAACGUAACAAUGUCAAACAAUACUGUCGGCUCGUCGGGCCAUGCUCCCGGCAAAAUACGUGGACCUGGAAGACCCCCUAAACGUACUUGUACUUGGUGUGCCGAAAGUAAAACUCCAUUAAAGUAUGUUUUGCCAACAGAAAAUGGGAAAAAAGAAUUUUGUUCUGAAACAUGUUUGUCCGAAUUUCGGCAGGCGUACAGUAAAGGCGCCUGUCUUCAUUGUGAUAAUGUUAUUCGCGGGAAUGCUCCUCCCAGUAGCAAAAACUUUUGUUCAACGUAUUGUUUGAAUAAGUAUCAGAAAAAGAAUGAGAAAAGAACGACAUCCCCUCAAUCUGGGAAUGGAGCAAAUGGUUCUGAAAAUCACCCUAACAACAACUCCACUGGUUCUUUUUAUGAAAUUUAUCAGUCCUUUGAUUGGAGCGACUACAUGAAGGAGACGAACAGCGUUGCAGCACCGCAGGAGUGUUUUAAACAGGCCCCGACACCCCCAGUGAAUGAUUUCAAAGUGAAUAUGAAAUUGGAAGCCUUAGAUCCCAGAAAUCUGACAUCCACCUGCAUAGCUACAGUUGUUGGUGUUUUGGGGCCAAGACUAAGGUUGAGGUUGGAUGGUAGCGAUAAUAAAAAUGAUUUUUGGAGACUCGUUGAUGCUGGAGACAUACAUACUAUUGGCUACUGUGAGAAAAAUGAUGGAAUGUUGCAGCCUCCACUGGGGUUCCGUAUGAACGCCAGUAGCUGGCCUAUGUUUUUACUGAAGACAUUGAAUGGGGCUGAAAUGGCUCCAUCAAAAGUAUUUCAACCUGAACCACCUACACCUAAAUCUAAUCUGUUUGUUGUCGGUCAGAAGUUAGAGGCUGUUGAUAAAAAGAAUCCGCAGUUGAUAUGCUGUGCCACUGUGGGUGCAGUGAAGAAUGAUCAGAUACAUGUGACCUUUGAUGGCUGGAGAGGUGCAUUUGACUAUUGGUGUAGAUAUGAUUCAAGGGAUAUAUUCCCGGUGGGAUGGUGCGCCAGGGCAGGACAUCCUUUGCAACCUCCAGGACAAAAGAGUGCUACUGCUCCAUCGCGGUUCAAACGACCAAGUGGUAUUCCAAAUCCAGCUUUACCUGAAGGUGGAUCAACUGGUACUGGUAACACCAACGGUCAGAGCACAGUGACACCGGCGGCAAAUGUGGUGUUGCGUAUCCGUAGCAGCUGUUCUGGAGGCAGUCCUGUGCUGCCUUCUUCUGUGACAGGAGUUGGAGCUUCUGGUGUGGUUGAAAAUCUUGUCAAGGAACUAUUUGGCACCCACUUGGACCCACAAAAGUUGUCCAGAGCUAUACUUAGUGCUUCGAGUAAUUAUGCAAACAGUACUUGUGUACAGGUCUCGUCUGGAACGAAGAAUUUUACUGUAAAAGUACCAUUAGAUUUAUCAACAGAGGAAUUGAAAAAUUGGUUAAAACUAGUAUGUAGUGGUGUUGGGUGUUGUGUUGGUAUGAUAGAGAUAGACACGGGGGAGGCUGCCGGUCGGCCCUGCACUCUGUGCGGAGAGUCUACUUCCAACAGUGUUACAUCUGCCUUUGCUGUUAAAAGGCCUAAAAGUGAGCCGCUGGGCAGCAGCGCGGAGGCGGGCGGCAAGCUGGCGCGGGUGUCGCCCGAGCGGCCCGAGCCCGCCACCUCCACCACCGGCGCGCCGCCGCCGCCCGCGCCCGCCGCCGCGCCCGCCGACUGGUCCGUCGAGGACGUCAUCGGCUUCAUCGCCGCCGCCGACCCGGCGCUGGCGGCGCACGCUGAUCUCUUCAGGAAACAUGAAAUAGAUGGAAAGGCACUGUUAUUGCUGAAUUCUGAUAUGAUGAUGAAGUACAUGGGUCUGAAACUUGGACCUGCACUCAAAAUCUGCAAUUUGGUAUCAAAGAUAAAAAAUCGUCGACAUUAUAGCACCUAGUUCUAGUAGCGCUCACAUUAAACUUUUGAAACUAUAAGUUUCUAUUUUUAUAGUGUUUAGAAUUUGCUUCAAGUAUUUCUAGAGCAUUUCAUAAUAAUUUAUCUUUACAUUUGGAAAAUACAAGAUUACAAAAUUUGAAUCUCUGAUAAAGAUUGUGUGUAAUUCGUGAAAGUCGUCUCAAAGAACAGUACAAAAAAUCGUAACGUUUGACGGAAAUAACAAAGGUCAUUUCAAAAUAUUAAUUACUGUUUCAAAAUGUUAAAUUUUUCAAUAUCCUGUAAGAUAAAUUAAUAGUAGUCAUGUAAAUAAGUAUUUUCAUUGAGUGGACAUGCAUUUAAUGUAGUUUAUACUCUCUGAGCUGCAGCUUAUACAUAAUAUUAUGUAUUAUUACUAUAGUUUGUUAUACAUCUUGCUUAUUUGUAUUGUAUAAUAUAUUUUAAAAGAAUUGGCUAGUCGUAUGGAUAAUUGAAAAUUUGAUUCAAUCUGACAUGGAAUAACUAUAAAUCAUCUUCAGUAUAAGAAGAUUAACUUAUUUGAUUUAUUUAUGGAUUUUAUUAAGAAUGGUGUUUUUUUGAGACAAUCUGUUAAUUCUGCCACACGUUUUGGGGAUGGGAAUAUAUUUUUAUAGCGUGACGAGGUCAUAAAACUUUAGCAUUACAUCUACGCUAAAUAAUAUGACAUGUCGCAAAUAUUGGUGGAUGUUAAUUAUCCUCCUAUUAAGGCACUGAUCCCACCGCGGAUGAGGAAGCGACUAGCUAUCUACUAUUUUCUGCAUGAGAAACGUACAAUCGAUGUAUGCUUCCAUGUCAGUAAAAGAGUGGUUCGCCGACUGUGCAGUGCACACUGUCGGCGGAAACUCUGUUACCAGUAGUUUAUCGCAGCAUGAUUUACUAAAGUUUCAGUUAAAACGAGACAGAUUUAUGCCAGCGGUUUAUCGCUGUCUCGUUUUAACAGUGUCUUAAGUCUUAGCAAAGUCAAAGUGCGCUUUAUAGAUUUCAACCAGACACAGGAAACAAAAUGUAUGCAAUUGGUAUGAGUAAUCGCCCGUUAAACUCGCAGAUUAGCUCAUCGUCCAGCGACAAAACUAUCCCAAUUACACACUCGCUUCUCGUUGCUCGCCAAGUCUAGUUUUUGGCUCAACUCAUUUCUAACUAAUCGUCGGCAGUCAACAAGUGCCUUACGAACGAAAGGCCAAUGAAGUAUCUUGGUUUAAGUGUGGUAUAAUUAAUGGAUUGUGAUUUUGAAUUAAAUUAAUUCCACACACAAUUGAUUAACUAUUAUUAUUAUUGUGUUGGCAUUUGUAUCAAUCAAUAUAAAAUUUUAUACUGUGUACAGAAAUUCUAUUGUAGAUUAGGGUCUAGUGCCUUUCAAUAAUAUUUAGGUGUACUUAAAAUACCAGUCCCAUAAGAGUCGACACUCUAUCUAACCUCAUGAUGAUAACUCCAAUGAUAUAUUUAAAUAGAAAAACUUCAUAUAAAGGGUUAGUUAAAAAAUGAAACAUAAAUAUGAGAAUCAACAAAUAAUCAAUUUCAAUUUUGUUUUAAGCGGUGUAUGCAUUAAGCGACAAUUGCCCUGAGGUAAUACGCAUUCGACUGACGAUACGUGAUGUCGUACGACUUGUCAAGCAACAAAAUGUCACGGGACAAUUCUCGCUUUCUGAAUGCACAGCUUGGUGUUUUGAGUUAAGCGGGAAGUGAUGAAGAAUUUUGCCCUUUAUAUUAUUUUUAGGAUUGUUUUAACGACGCGCGACUAAGAUAAGCGACACAGAUGCGAUACAUCACUUAUUUCCAUUAAACCUUGCCCUCGUUUGCAAAAAAAAAA